AGCGCUCACCUUCCCCGCGGGGCAGUGCCGCCCCCUCGAACCCCCGCCCCCGCCGAGCCCCCUUCCCCGGCUAUAAAGGGCGGGGCACGGUCUGGACCCCCGCUCGCCGCUGCCAUGGCCGCGCUGCGCUUCGGGGGGUCCCCGGCGGAGCCGCCCGCCUUCCCCGCGGGCAGGUGGGCGGGGGGCGGUGGGCCCGGCCCGGCCUCGCCCGCCCUCAGGGCGCUUCCCUCGGCCGAGCCGUCGGAGGGGGCGCCGGCGGCCUCGCAGCGUCGGAAGCGGACGAGCUUCACGGCGGCGCAGCUGGAGACGCUGGAGCUGGUUUUCCAGGACACCAUGUACCCGGACAUCUAUCUGCGGGAGAAGCUGGCGGACGCCACCCAGAUCCCCGAGUCCCGCAUCCAGGUGUGGUUCCAGAACCGCCGCGCCAAGUCCCGCCGCCAGCGGGGCCCGCCCCGCCCCGGCCCCGCCGCGCCGCCGCCCUGCCCGCGGCCGCCCCACUUCGCCGCCCUGCGCGCCCCGGAGCGGCCCCGCCGCGCCCUCCCCGGGGCGGCCCGGGCGGAGGACGGCUCGGCCCCCUACGAGUGGCCGCCGGCCGCCGCCUUCCCUCCCUGCCCCGGCUUCGAGGGCUUCCCGCCCGGCCAGCCCGGCCGGGCCGAACCCGCCCCGUUCGCGGGGAGCGCCGCCGGCCCCUUCGCGCCGGCCCGCGCCUUCUGCGGGCAGUACUCGCCCGUGUCGGACGCCGAGGACACCAGCGGCUACUCGGAGUCGGGCUCGGAGUGGGAGGAGAACGCGCUCAGCGCCUUCCGCGCCCUCUGAGCGCCGCCCCGGCGGGACGCGGCCCGGCCUGGGCAGAGGGUUAAACCCGCAGCCCAACCCGCCAAACCCCGUCCCGGGGUGCGCUGCUCGGGCGGGGAGCAGCCACACAGCGCGCUACCUCACCCCAGCUGCUCUGCCACUGUUGCACUUUAUCCGGUAGUAACUGAUUUUACCUAUUUAUUUAAGAAAGAUACGGGUCGGCUCCAUCAGCUGAGGACAUCUUUUUACCCUGUACUUAAAGCUUUCUGAUAGCGUGUUUUGUAUUUCUAUUUAACCUUCUUUAGCCAAAAAGCUAACCAAAUCCACUGUGUUUUGGGGGUGGGGACUGGUCUUAGAAAAGAGUGGGAUGGUCUGUCGGGGUUUUUUGAAAAAAAUAAAGGUUUACAUUUUUGCUCUG